UCAAUUUCAGCGAGCGACGGCCACCAUCGAUCGAUCGGGCACUUCCAGUUCCGGCGCGCAGGGGACGGACGAUCAUGCGUCUUCUCAAAACCCUGUCCUUCCUCAGACGCCCAAACCCUAAACAACCCCAUGACCUCCGUCCGACCCUCCGGAAACCCCCUUCAGCUCAUCCUCGAUGCGGUUUCGCCGCCGCCCCGGCGUCCGAAAGCUCGACUCGAUCCCACGCCGAGGAAAACAUCGGCGACAGGAGGAAGAAGAAGCCCCUCGAUGCGUACUUCAAAGAGGCCGUGGGGCUGUCCCCGAGAACCGACGAGCGCGGCAGCGAAAGCGAAAGCGAAUCCGAGGGUGCGAGGAGCGAGCUGGGCGCGAGGCUGAAGCGGCUGGAGGAGGAGGUGAGGAUCCUGGAGAGCAGGGACGACGGGCCGAAGAGCGACGCGGCCGCUCCGGGGCGGGGUCGAAGGGCGCCCGCGAGCUUGUACGAUCUCUACGUGGAUGGAAAGCGGGAGAAGGCCAAGAGGCCUCCCGAGGGUGUCCCUGUUAUAAAGGAGCUGUCUCCGGAUGCGGAGGCUUUCUUGGCUCAUUUGCACAAGGAAGGUUACUUUAGAGAGGCUAAUUUCUUGAAGAAGGACGGAAAGUGGGACGCGAUUCGUUUCGAAGACAGCUACAGCAGAGAUUUCGUGAAAUUCGCGGCCGAGAAGUUCGGCAAGGACCAUCAAGAGAUUGCCAAAUGGUUGUCAGGGAGCGACUUGAAAAAGAUAGCUCUGUUUGGCUGCCCUUCCACUGCAAAAAAGAAUGUCUUUGCUGCUAAAAGAUUGCGGAGUUUCUUCAGUAUUCAAGAGGACAAUGUGUGCAGAGAAUGCGUCUUGAGAGAAUCGUGCAAGCUUGUUAACCAGAGUGUAUGGAACAGCGAAACAAAUACCUUGAGGUUGGAUACUGUGAUGAACGUCAUCACUCUAUAUGCGCUGGAAUUGGUGCCUUCCCAGUUGAAGAUUACUCAAGAGCUGAAGGACUCUGUGAGUAGAGUUUUGAGAGACAUUGUGAAAUUGAGCCAAACCACUUCGCAGGUCUAGAGAAGGACUUAAACUACUCUCAGAUGCAAAACCGCCAAUCUUCAUGAGUAAAUCUUGUUGAUAUAACUUUCACAUGCUGGAAUAUGGGGUAUUCAAGGACCCAAUGUUCUCUCCCUGAGGAAGGAUUUGAAUUUAGAAUGACAUGAGGAGAUGAAUAAGUAGAACAUGCUGUGUAGUCUUGCCUGGAUGACUUUACACGAUUGGAGAUGGCCUUGCUGUGCAUCACCAGACUGAAAGUAUCUAGGAGACCCCACAAGGCAUCCAAGUUCUGCAUGGCAAGAAUUGUUAGCAAGGACCAAAAUUUACAGCUACUCGCAAUCAUUCAUUUCUAGAGUUUGGUUUUUCCUAUGGAGAUAAACUUUGCGAUGAUCUUCUGCGGGCAUUAUGUGGUGACUCCUUCUAAUUUGGCGGACAGAAUUCGCGUUUUCUCUCCUUAUGUGAUAACCAAGCCCAAACAGACGAGCAGACUGUUUGUGGUUCUGGAUAUGAGGGGCAAAACAUAAGCAGUUUGAUUUUGACUAUAGUUAUGUUUUGGAAAUGCACGGUUACUGCAGGACAUCAGUCCACUUCAUUUUA